CUCCCCACCCCCGCUCGCCACUCCGGACUCCAGCUCCAGGCGCGCAAGGCGGCCACCGAGCGAGCGCGCUAGCAGCCGCUCCAGCCCCGUGCAUCCGCAGCUACCCCGCCGCGGCGAGACCCGGAGACCGACCGUCGGACGGACCCGCGUAGUCGCAGCAUCCUGGAGGAGAACAUGCUUGCCAAUUCAGCCAGUGUGCGGAUCCUCAUCAAGGGGGGCAAGGUUGUGAACGAUGACUGUACCCACGAGGCAGAUGUCUACAUUGAGAAUGGCAUCAUCCAGCAGGUGGGCCGUGAGCUCAUGAUACCUGGAGGAGCCAAGGUGAUCGACGCCACUGGGAAGUUGGUGAUCCCCGGAGGGAUUGACACCAGCACCCACUUCCACCAGACCUUCAUGAACGCCACGUGCGUGGACGACUUCUACCACGGGACCAAGGCGGCACUCGUUGGAGGCACCACCAUGAUCAUUGGCCAUGUCCUUCCUGACAAGGAGACCUCCCUCGUGGAAGCCUAUGAGAAGUGCAGGGGUCUGGCUGACCCCAAAGUCUGCUGCGACUAUGCCCUCCAUGUGGGGAUCACCUGGUGGGCACCCAAGGUGAAGGCAGAAAUGGAGACGCUAGUGCGGGAGAAGGGGGUCAACUCCUUCCAGAUGUUCAUGACCUACAAGGACUUGUACAUGCUUCGAGACAGUGAGCUGUACCAAGUGUUUCAUGCCUGCAGGGACAUUGGGGCGAUCCCCCGGGUCCACGCUGAAAACGGGGAGCUCGUGGCUGAGGGUGCUAAGGAGGCUCUAGAUUUGGGUAUCACAGGCCCAGAAGGAAUUGAGAUCAGCCGUCCAGAGGAGCUGGAGGCAGAAGCCACUCACCGAGUCAUCACCAUUGCAAACAGGACCCACUGUCCCAUCUACCUGGUCAAUGUGUCCAGCAUCUCAGCUGGUGACGUGAUCGCAGCUGCUAAAAUGCAAGGGAAAGUGGUGCUGGCUGAGACCACCAACGCACACGCCACACUCACGGGCUUGCACUACUACCAUCAGGACUGGUCCCAUGCCGCCGCCUACGUCACAGUGCCGCCUCUGAGACUGGACACCAACACUUCCACCUACCUCAUGAGCCUGCUGGCCAAUGACACUCUGAAUAUUGUGGCAUCAGAUCACCGGCCAUUCACCACCAAGCAGAAAGCCAUGGGCAAGGAAGACUUCACCAAAAUCCCACAUGGCGUGAGCGGCGUGCAGGAUCGGAUGAGCGUGAUCUGGGAGAGGGGUGUGGUUGGAGGGAAGAUGGAUGAGAACCGUUUUGUUGCUGUAACCAGUUCCAACGCAGCCAAGAUUCUCAACCUGUAUCCUCGCAAGGGCCGCAUCAUCCCUGGAGCCGACGCCGACGUGGUGGUGUGGGACCCGGAAGCCACAAAGACCAUCUCAGCCAGCACCCAGGUGCAGGGUGGAGACUUCAAUCUGUAUGAGAACAUGCGCUGCCACGGCGUACCGCUGGUCACCAUCAGCAGGGGACGUGUCGUGUAUGAGAAUGGCGUCUUCAUGUGUGCAGAGGGCACUGGCAAGUUCUGUCCCCUGAGGUCUUUCCCAGACAUUGUCUAUAAGAAGCUGGUGCAGAGAGAGAAGACCGUAAAAGUGAGGGGAGUGGACCGCACUCCCUACCUAGGGGACGUCGCUGUUGUUGUCCACCCUGGGAAAAAGGAGAUGGGAACACCACUGGCAGACACCCCCACACGGCCAGUCACCCGGCACGGGGGCAUGCGGGAUCUUCAUGAGUCCAGUUUCAGCCUUUCUGGUUCUCAGAUCGAUGACCAUGUUCCAAAGCGGGCCUCAGCGCGGAUCCUCGCGCCCCCUGGAGGCAGGUCGAGCGGUAUUUGGUAAAGGCUCUAACCAGCGCCAAGUGAAUAUGCUCCACCGCCACCCGCCUGCACACCUUCCGGCCACAGCUGCAGGGGGUGGGAGAGGCUGGGCAGGGCAGCGCACUACAGGUGGGGGCUCCGGGAAGCGGAGAGCCCUCCCCUUGUCUGAACAUGAUUCACGGGGCUUUGACCCACCCCUAACAAGGCACUUUGAGCUGUCCUCCUGCUCUGCUCCUUCCUUCCUUCAUGGGCCCUGGGGUUUCUCUGGGCCCCAGAGACCACACUAUGCACAGCACCCAACGCAUAGCGCCUGGCCCCGCCCCUCCUCUCACCACAACCUCCAUGCUGGCUCUGGGAAGGCCCGGACUUGAGUGCCCUGCCCUGCUGCCCACCCAGACAGGUGUCCAGAGCACUUUAGCAGAUGUGUUUUAUAAGUAAGGACCUUCCCCCCUCACCCCUUAGGUCCCAUGGUGACAUUUCCCAAAUCAGACAGGUGUCCCAUCUCUCCCGACUCACCCUGGGGACACCCUGGAUGUGGCUGUGAUUGGGACACCCUGUGCCCUUGGCUAGCCUCUAACCACUCCCUACCCACACCCUCUGGGAGCUCCAGGCCCCAGAAGGGUAGCUGGGUGGGCAUGGGGCUGGUGCCAGGCGCGUGUAAAUGGUUUUGUUUUGCACGUUUGGUUUGCGCAGUGGUUUGGUUUGAUUUGUUUGUGCACCCCGUGGAAAAUAACGGUGCUUCGUGUCACUAGCAUAGCAUAGAAUCAGGAGUAGAUUCGGUUCUUAGGAGAUGCUGCACUCACCACCAACCAGACAGUACAGGGCAGAGGUGGGGGCAGGCUGUCCCCAUGGCCCCUUUCCCUCCAACCCAGGGUCCUUCUGCUACCAGAAGCCCUGGAUCAUGCCUCCCCGCCCCACAUCCCUCCCUGUUACCACCCUGUCUUAUUUUCCUACAUCCAAAUGGUCCUGGAUUGAAACCUCCAGGCAGCAAGGUGGCCCCUCUCUCCUCUCUGCUCCUGGUCACUCCCAGCACUAACCCCACAUCCAUACCCUCAUUCCCCUACACAGCUUCCUAAAACUUGCCCCUGCUGGACAAGGCCUAGCUACUCCUGUGUGACUAGCAAGAAGCCUCACACCUGCCGAAAAGGGGGAGUAGGGGAGGGUUGGCCGGCCAGCCACCGAGGGAGAGGCUUCAACACACAAGGCCUAGCUGUAGAAUCCACGCCAGGGCACAAGUGCUACGGGAUUCUGCGCUCAACACCAAGCUCUUGCUGACUACUGCAGGCCCGCCCUGUCUCACAAGCUCCUCGGAGGUUCUCACAGUCUGAGAAUGCCCCAGCUGUCUGCCUUCGAUAAGCCUCGUUUCCCCGCCUUGGGAAGUGCUCUCACUUUUGUUUGAGCUCCCCAAACUUGCCAGCGGUCCCAGAGAUCUUGGCACUCAUCCCUGCGCCCUCCCUGGUGCUGCGGGUGCAUCUAAGCUCUUCCCGGCAUCCGCUUGCACUCCUCCUAAUGGUGGAAUCUUACCACGCCCCCCCAUCUUACAGGUUAAAACAAUAAACCCGAGGCCCCAAAAGGUCAGGCCAGCAGGCCCCAGAAGUGUCCAUGGCUGCCCUUAUGACCUUGACUGUCUAACCCAGUUGUAGGGUGACAUCAGGCCCAGGAGGAGUUUAACCAGAUAGAAUGCGUUCUCCCUGGGGAUGCCUUCUGCUUUGCUUUGCACAAGUCGAUUUUAUCUUUAUUGUGAGCAGACUGAUGGAGACUCUUGGUUUGAGCCUGGACAAGACAAGUUUGGGAACUUGUGUGUGGUUUUAGUCCUCACUUCCUCCUCAUUGUCCUCACUUAGGAGCUGAAAUGAUAACCCGGAGAACUGAGGUAGCCAUGGGAACAGUAGGUAAUGACCCUGGAAAAGCCUUCAUGGGGAAUGAAGACAGUGACACUGACCCCUGGUACAGUCUUAGUCCUCCUCCUCCUUCUCCUCCUCCUCCUCCUCUUCCUCCUCUUUUUGAGACAAAGUCUUGCCUAUGUAGCCUGGCCUUGAGCUCACAGCAAUCCUGCCUCAGUUUCCCAAGUACUGGAAUUAGAGGCACAAGCUACCACACCUAGCUAUACAUCAUCUUUGUCUAUUUCUGCCCUUGCUGGGUCAUGGGCCUUGGGCAGAUGCCAAAGAUCCGAGGGGUGGUAGGGCCAGUGAGGCAGGGCGCCCUGCUUGGGCCAGGAGAGCUUUCCCUGAGUGCCUCCCCCCGAGAAGUGCAUGUCCCGGGAUGGUAGGAGAGUGUGUUCAAGGAGCCGCUGUAGGCUUUCCACUUCCCCCACCUCAGGCCCCCGUACCCAAGUCCACCCUUCCAUAGACUGUGCUCGCUCACCCAGGAGCUUCUGGAUGCAAAGAGAAAGAUGCUCAAGGAGCCAAACAAACCAUCACCCCCCCCCCCCCAGUGUCCACUCCCUGCCCCGUGCAGAGCUCCAGCCAGCCCCAUCACAGGUCCAGUGGCUGCUGGCUGGAAGGAAAAGGGUCUCUGGUUGCACCGAAUGCAGCUCUCAACCUGGUCUUGUACUUGCUGAAUAAAUACUGUUGUUCUUGCCUUAGCUACUCUCUAGGUUUGUGGGGUUAACUCACCAGAAAAUUGUGCUACUGUGUGUGCGUGCCUGUGUGUGUGUAUGUGUGUGUGUGUGUGUGUAGUGCCAGCAGCCCACAGUAGGUCUCUUGUCAAGCCAAUGCCGUGAUGAGGGCAUGUCUUAUACUGACCCGGAAACCACAGAACCACGCGGAAAGCCAAACCCCUCCAGCUGCUGAGGUGGCAGGCACAGCCUGGGGUCAGAAUGGAUCUGCCAACAGCACCCCAGCACCAAGGGACUUCCUCACUCCUCUGUAAAUGUCAUGGUGCUAAGCUCGUGUCAAUCCCAAGAUGACACAUGGUCCUGUGCUUUGGCCACCGUUUGAGGCAAAACCAAACAGCCCAACACGUUGUGUUCUGGUGCAGGUUUGUAUUAAACUGUAGCUACUUCUCA